UCAAAGCAAUUCCUCUUACAGUAGGCUUGUGCGCUAUUCUUGGGCAAGGAGCAAGAUGAACCGCGUAUUAAACACUCAGCGGCAGGCAUGCCAACAGGCACGGCCCUUUACAGCCAAGCCGCCCAGGCGAUGCCGACUGACAGUCAUGAACAGCCAAGCGGGUGGCGACGUGCGUGGCUCAAAGAUGGAAAAGGGCCUAUUUGGCGAGAACUUCGGCGCACGUGACCCCUUUGCUGGCGAGCUGGCCACAAACUUUGGAGAAAACGUUCUUGGUAAUUACAACACCGAACAUAUCAUCAAGCCCCCGGACAACAUCAAGCGCGUACUCGGCCUCUCCUCCCGCAGCUGCAAAGACAACCUCGCCAGCCUGACUGUGCUCAGCGGGGAAGACCGGGAGCUGCUCCGGAACCAGGUACCUGGCUGGCGCAUGGCCACAUUGCCGGGUGCUGGUGGCAAGCCCUGUAUUCAACAGUCCUGGAAGCUCAAGGAUGAGGCAGCGGCGGAGCAGAUGGUGGAGCGCGUGACGGGAGUGGCGGCGGCGGAGGGCCACGGCGACAGCUUAACGAUGAACCGAGUGGGGACGGAGGUGGUGGCGAUGCUGUGCACCGCAUCGCUAGGUGGUCUGACUGAGAACGACUUCAUCGUCGCCUCCAAGGUGAACGACCUCAACAUCGUGGACCUGCUGCCCAAGCGCAAGCCGCGGUUCUGGGCAUGAAGACGUCCUCCCUUCUUCUGUCUGUGUGCUGGGGCGCUCUCGUGUUUGCGGCGAGUGGGCCCCCUGUGUGCCAAGUGUGCAGCUGCUGCUGCUGCUGCUGCCGCCGCUAGGAAGCGAAGCAUUAGAGGUGUUAAGUGCGCGCGGAGGAGGAGAAGGAGGAGGGGUUAGGGUUUUAGGGGGAAAACCGCGGCGGGACGGACGGACCCGAUCGGACGGACGCCAGUGAGCAAGAGCGGAGAAGAUAGUGAAGGAAAGGCGACCCGCGCCAGUUCCCAAUUGCAGAUCCGUGUUCUGCGUGAGAGUGAGCAGGCGGGUGAUGGGCGCAGCGCAGCGCCGUGCAAGGAAGCAGAGCUGUGGCCAUGCUAGCGGUGGUGCUUGCAGCUAUAACCUAACAUGUUCUGGUCUGUGUUUCGUGAUAGAUAUUGGACUGGAGGAAGAAGGAAGGGGCCGGCCACGGUUGGAACGGGUAGUCGUGGUGGUGGUGAUGCCUCAGGAGGGGUUUGCUCUAGGUGUGCGAUAGCAGUCCUGUCGCUAAGGUGCGGCGGCUCCUGGCGGCUUGGGAAGAUGGGGCGCGAUUGCGGAUGAUGGAUGAAUGGCGGGGCUGGAGAGCCCGUGCCAGGUCUCCCUACAUUUAUACAUACAUACGCAUAGGCGCACACACUGAAGGAGCACAGGUGUGUUUUUUGGUAACUGAGUCAUGAUCACAUACACAUGCAUACGUGCGGGUAUUGUGUGUUUACACCUUUGCACAUACAUGCUCAACGUCUGUAUGUACUCAUUUCAACGGUCGUCCCCAGUCAAAGUACCUACGCGCCCAUAAAAGCUGUAUGGGAGUUUAAUCGGGAGGUUGUGUUGACUUUUUUCUUCCUAUACUUUUCUUCGCUCUAAUCACAUGCAGCUCUAAAUCAAGCAAAAUCGCUUGCGCCUCAAGACACUACAAGACCACGCGGGUAGCCGGGCGGGGCUAUGCUCAUCCCCACCACGUCGCAGACAUCACAAGGCACACACAGCGCCCGACUGGUCGCUGGUAGAAAAAGCCCCAGUACUACUACUACUACCACGUGCCAGUCCUACAAUGGAAAGGCAGUUGCAGACGCUAGAAUCAAACCGCGGCAACAGUCACAAAUUCGCGUAUUUGUCAAAGUUUAAAAGGAGAGACCUUUGGAGCGGUGUCACACAUCAGGAGGAAGUCCUAAAACUACACAUAGCCUACGAAACCAGUAUUCUUACUUAAUCCUUUGCCAAAGACGCAAACAACUAAGGAUAGUCAGCUUCUUCGAAGCCGAAAAGGGCAGCCAGUCGCCCCGCAGUAUUCUGCAGGGGAGGCUGUACGGCACUGGGCUGCAAGUGGAGGAACGAUGUCGUGUUUGGACUAUAUGCGCAUUAUUAUGGAUAGCUGCUAGGGCCGGGUG